AUGGCUGACGUCGGUUGGAUCACUGAUGACAUCCAGAUAUAUUGUGUACGGCCCUCUCGCCAACGGAGUCACUACCACGGUGCUCACCACGUCGAGAACCAUGACCUCAGCAGCCUGUGCGUCCUUAGCAGCGUGGGCGAGCCUAUCGACCCAGAGGCGUCGAAUUGGUAUAACGAACGUGUUGGUAAGACUCAGUGCGCCAUUGCGGAUACCUUCUGGCAAACAGAGACUGGGUCGAUCGUCAUUACACCGUUCCCUGGUGUUAUCGAGACACUCCCCGGCUCCGCAAUUAUCCCCUUCUUCGGUAUUGAGCCUGCCAUUCUUGAUCCCGUUACGGGCAAUGAAUUGGAAGGUAAUAAUGUUGAAGGUGUUCUUGUCCUCAAGACGCCUUGGCCGUCUAUCGCUCGCACUGUCUGCAAAGAACAUAAAAGCUAUCUGGGCACCUGCAUGAAUGUAUGCCAUUUCGCCUUUUUGACAUUGUUUCACACCUCGCGUGGGCCGAGUUGUAUUUAA